AUGCCUUCCGUAACCCGCUCCGACCCCAACAUCAUCAUAACCGGCACCCCAGGCGUCGGCAAGUCCACCCACUGCGAAGCCCUCGCCUCCAAAACCGGCCUGCACCACCUCAACAUCAACGACGUAGUCAAAAAACACUCCAUCGGCGAAGCUUCCAACGACGGAAACGAUCCCAAUACCAAGAUAGUCGACGAAGACCGCCUGUUGGAUGUAAUCGAAAACGACCUCGAAGACGGCGGCCAGAUCAUCGACUGGCACGCCUGCGACCUCUUUCCCCCGCGGCAGAUAGAUCUCGUCGCCGUAAUAAGGUGUGACAAUCAGAUCCUGUACGAUCGGUUGAAGGCGCGGGGUUACGGGGAGAAGAAGCUGCAGGAGAAUCUGGACUGUGAGAUUAUGGAGGUGUUGGUGCAGGAGGCGCGGGACGCUUAUGAGGGGGAGAUGGUGGUGGAGUUGCGGAGCGAGAAGGCGGAGGAUGUGGAUGGGAAUGUGGAGAGGAUUGAGGAGUGGAUCAGGAGUUGGAAGAGGGAUAAUGGGAAGGAGGGCGGGGUGGAGGCGAAAGGGGAGGGUGGGAAGAAGGACGAGGAUGAUCCGAUGUUCUUGCAUGGGUGA